CACAGUGGAGGUAGAUGUAACCCUCGUAAAGAUAAUGUAGACUGUGUGUUGGUAUUUCUUGGGGUGUUUGAAAAAAUAACCCACUUGAAAUGGAUGAUGGAGGUGGCUUAAUGGAAUUUAGGGUGGAAAUACGAAAGUGAGCAAAGGUGAUAUGUGAUGUCUUCAAUUUUCGAAGAAACUUGGAAAGCAAAUGAGAAUAGAAGAAAACUGUAAGAAGUGGAGAACCAUUUUCAACUGAACUCUCAUCUCUCAACACUGGCAAAUAUUCAUAAGAUCUACCACACCCUUAAUAAGCUGAACCUAACAGAAGACAUUGGCCAAGACGAUCACCAAACAGGAAGUCUGCGGUCUUGCAGUUCUUCAGACUGCUUUAAUAAAGUGAUGCCACCAAGGAAAAAGAGAAGACCUGCCUCUGGAGAUGAUUUAUCUGCCAAGAAAAGUAGACAUGAUAGCGUGUAUAGAAAAUAUGAUUCAACUAGAAUAAAGACUGAAGAAGAAGCCUUUUCAAGUAAAAGGUGCUUAGAAUGGUUCUAUGAAUAUGCAGGAACUGAUGAUGUUGUAGGCCCUGAAGGCAUGGAGAAAUUUUGUGAAGACAUUGGUGUUGAACCAGAAAACGUAGUUAUGCUUGUCCUAGCUUGGAAAUUGGAUGCACAAAACAUGGGUUAUUUUACUCUACAGGAGUGGUUAAAAGGAAUGACUUCUCUCCAAUGUGAUACAACAGAAAAACUCAGAAAUACUUUGGAUUACUUAAGAUCAUUCUUAAAUGAUUCUACUAACUUUAAACUUAUUUACAGAUACGCGUUUGACUUUGCACGGGAAAAGGACCAGCGCAGCCUAGACAUAAACACUGCCAAGUGCAUGUUGGGACUGUUAUUAGGAAAAAUCUGGCCCCUUUUUCCAGUUUUUCACCAAUUCUUAGAGCAAUCAAAAUACAAAGUUAUUAAUAAAGACCAGUGGUGCAAUGUCCUAGAGUUUAGCAGAACAAUUAAUCUUGACCUCAGCAACUAUGAUGAAGAUGGAGCAUGGCCAGUUUUGUUGGACGAGUUUGUGGAGUGGUAUAAAGACAAACAGAUGUCCUAGGACUUUAUGCAUAGCAGCGAGAGAGUCACUGUUACCACAGUUAUGUCACCCAUUAGCCAUAAAUUGCUGUUUGUAUCAAAGCGCAUGCUGCUUUUCUUGCACUGUUUCCCUUUCGCAGGAACAUGUUGGUGUUUGCUAUUGAAUUGGCCAGCUCUGCUUGCUGUGUGGCAUUGUUCUCUUCGAAGGCUGCUUUGCGGUUUGUAUUUACACUACGGAUUGGUGAAUUUGCCAAUGUCCUCACUGUGAUUAUGUGUAUAUUGCUGUUUAAAUUUUGUAUAUGUGUAUAAAAGGAAAAAUCUUCACCUAGAGAUUAUUUCUGAAAAAUGUAUUGUAAAAAUAAUUUUGUGGCAUUUCUAGUCCCUUUUUUGAAUGAACCAAUUAUACUUUAUUUGGUCUCCUAUGUAGCAUAUCAGAAAACACGACAAAACUGUUACCAUGAACAAACAUUGCCAGAAUUAACCUUACUGUUUAAGAGGCCAACUUCUGGAAGGAGGUAAGAGUCAUAACUUUUCAGAGGCAUAUGCCAAAUAUCAUUUGGUAUAUUUAACAAUAUUAGUGUUCUAAAAUGAUGAAAGUUAUAAUUAUUUGAACAUAUAGAUACAUAACAUGCCACAAAUUAUUUCCACCACACGAGGUAUAUAAGUUGUUUAUUUUUUAGUGUUAAAACUAUAGUAGCUUGAAUGUAGGUACCAAUGAACAAAUUCAAAUUGCACCUCUUCUUAAAAGAAUGGGAUUUAAACUCUUGUAAACAUUCUUUAACUUUUUUGUUAGUUUUCUUUUUUUCCUUUUGCAUUCUUCUAGCCAGUGAUUAAUCUGCUAAUGCUUUCUUUGCCACUCUAAGUAAAAUUUAUUUUGCCUCAAUAAAAACCUCAUGGUUUUGCCGGCUAUUUAUAACUGCAUCACACUUCUAGUUGUGGCUUGAAUUUUCAGUUAAGCUUUCAUGGUGUGUAAUUUUCCAGCCUUUUGAGAAAACAAGCAUACUAUAAGUGAGAGCUGUUUUGUUUUCUGUUUUGUUUUCCUUGUUUGUUUGUUUGAUGCUAGGCUUUUCCUGGCAGCAUGUCCAUUGCAGGCAGUGGACAAGAAACCACCAGCAUUGAGCUAACCCAGUACAUGCUAGGACCUGUCCUAGAGGGGCCAUUUUUCAUUACCUGAGUUAUUUGUACAGAAGGGUGAUGGCCAUUAUUUUUGUGGAUGAGGAAACAAGAAUAAACAGAAUGGUAUUUUUAGGUUUGUAUUUUACGUCUUUUUUUUUUUUUUUUUUUUUUUGCCAUUCUUGAGGAAAUAUAGAGAUGACAUUUUCACCCCAACUAUCUGGUGCUAUUGAAUGACUAAUUCAGUCCCUAAAGUUCUGUGAAAACACAAAAGUCUAAUGAUUUGAGUGAGUGGUGCAUUUGAAGAAGUAAUUGCUGUCAUGGUCAGCAAGAUCCGUGAUUUAAGCAUGUGAUGAUUGGAAAAGGUUUGGGUUAUUUGGAAGUCUGGCUAAAAAUUCUUUUGGGUGACAUGUGAUCCUUUAAAUGGCAUUAAGUGAAUAAAGCACACAGACAAUGCUACUCUUGACCACUCUUUUACCAUUUCUUUGCAAACAGUGUUCACAUUUUCAUAUUUUUUCCCUAACUAAACCACCAAAGAAAGAAAUUUUGUAUGUAUAUACAGUGUGUGUGUGUGUAUACAAAAUCAUGAUAUAGUAGAAUGCAAUGACUUUCUUUUUCUACCAAACGAAAGGUUUUAUUUGCUGUGAAAUAAACCAGAAGUUUAAAAAACCCUGUAGUGAUUAAGCAUACGUUACCACUCCUUGUUUGCAGAUUCACUUUCAACCUUAAAAAUUAAUACCAGUUUGCAUAAACCAAUAUCUGAAAAGAAUAGAACAUGUUGAUGGCAAGCAACAGCUAUUAAAACUGAUGUGAUGGAUGCAUUUGUUUUGCAGUGGUGGCUGGCCUAGGCAGAUUUGGAUCUGUGAAGAAUUGAUUCAUUUUCAAAAUCAUUCCAUAAAGUGAAAAAAUUACACAGUUCUUUAAAUUUGAUCAACUGUAGCUUUAUUUAAAGCAAAUGUAAAUCAUAGAUGGAGUUAUUUUAAACAUUGUUAGAAUAUAGAUUUUUUUAAAAAUGCUAAUAAGCACAGUUAAUUCUAAAAUGAUAGGAUUGUUACAAGAGGGAGACGUUACAGUUAAUCCACAAUCAACAUGUUGAUGGUAGGGAAAAAACUGUGUAAAAACUAUUGCAUUAUGUAUGAUAAGAAAGUAAGUAUUCCAAAGGGAUAAUCUUGCAUAUUAAGAAAACUCCAAAUAAUCUUUAAAUUGCCUUGAAAAGUAAACCUCUGUGACUGCUGAGUGGCAGAGUGCUUACCCUUGGUUUUCUUGAUUUUAUAUAGUUAUUUCUAAGGGGAGAAAAAGGGGUCAGAGUAAUACAAUACAUUUUCUUAAAAACCUCUCUUAAGUUGCACAAAAUUGAACAAUCAUCAAGCACUUAUUUACUGGCUACUGUUGAAUAAAUUAGGGUGCCUUCAUCUGGGUUUUCUUUAGUACCUAAGUCUACAACCCUUUCUCUUUUUCUAUUGUGUUUUGAACUCCACAUUUCAAUACUCUGUUGUCAUGGAAUACAACCUUUAGGUGUUUGCUACUGAAGUAGGUCAGAAAUUUUAUUACUUGAUUUGCCCCAAACAUCCACUGUAAUGUUACAUGCACCUUUUUUGAAGCAUGAACUCUGAAUUACGUUUUUAUAAAUCUGACUAGACAAACCUAGAUUCUGGUUUCACAAUAGAUUUAUUUUGUCUCUCACUCUCCAUUUUAACAGUGCUUUUGAAGUUUAUACAGAAAGCUUUAAAAGUUAGUUUGUACCCUUAGUUUUUAUUAUUACAACUGCUAAAAUACCUCUGUAAGCCUUAUCCUUUAUUCCUUCAUAUGUUGUAUAAUAAAUGUAUACAUUCCAUUGACUAACUAAUAUGUUGGGUGUCUGUAAAUGAGACCAAAACGUGGGUUGCUUUUUUCAUAAAAUGAUUUCUAUUGGGUGUUACUGUUCAAUGACAGCAGGUAACCUAUAAUUGUGAAUGCUUCAUGUCGUCAGUAUUUGCAUUACAUUCAUAAAAGUGUGCAAGUCCUGUGACUCCCAGCUUAUGCCACCUAACUUGAGUAAAGCAAACUGGUUUUAGGUUUCAAUGAAAUUGAUGUAAAAUUAUAUCCCAUAAAUAAAAAGUAUUUGUGUUUGGUUUCAGAA